CCAUGGUGACGGGGAGGGACAACAUCGGGAUGGUGGUGAAGCGCCUGGCUUGCAUGGGAGCUCCAAAGGCUUUCAUUAUGUUGGUCAUCCUCACCGCUUUCUCGGCCAACCUUCCGCGAUUUCCGGAGCUGACGUUCCUGGAGUUCUUCGCAGGAGAGGGAAAUGUUUGGAAAGCCGUUAGGGCAGAUUCCAAGAAUGCUGUUGGCAUCGACUGGAACUACUUUGACAAUCCUGAUGGCCAAAACCCCAUGGACAUCCUCUCCAACGCAGGAUUGGGGUUAUACAUUCAUUUGAUUCUUUCCUGCAGAGAGUCGGCCUUUGCGACGGUGUGGGGAACAGUCUGCAGUAGCUGGGUGAGGAUCAACGCGUUCACCUCAUGCCGAAGCCUCCUUAACCCAGAGGGUGAUUGCAGCAAACGCUAUAUAUCCCUCGCCAACGCUAUGGUAUCACGGAUCCUUUGUUGCGCGCAAAAAGUUCUUCGUUCGGAACCUCCCUACUCAUAA